AUGGCUGAUUUACUUCGGGAUACUGCAUUUGGAGCGAUAAUUCGAUGGAUAACGAAACGGAAAUAUCUCAGGUAUCCCGAAGAGCAACCAUCGUUCCAUUAUCUGGACUUCAUCAAUGGCCAUUCGGCGGGCACAACAACUCCUCCUGACUAUACCGCGGCGACAAUUCAAUCAAACGUGCGGUCGCAGCAUUCUACAAUACAUCCAAAGAAAUUGGAUAAUGGCAUCAUCCUGGUUGACUGGUAUUCAACCGACGAUACGGAUAACCCACAGAACUGGUCGUCGAGGAAGAAAGUCUUUGUUGUCCUCCAGAUAUACCUCUACACCCUCGCCGUCUAUAUCGGGUCUGCUAUCAUAACGCCGUCUCAGCCAUUCAUUGAAGCUAGAUUUGGCGUCAAACCAGAAGUUGCAUCUCUUGGGCUUUCUCUCUAUGUGCUUGGAUAUGGCAUCGGACCUCUGGUGUUUUCACCUCUCUCCGAGAUUCCCUUGAUUGGCCGCAAUCCGCCAUAUAUCGUCACCUUUGGCAUUUUUGUUGCCAUCUCAGCCGGAACGGCCGCCGUCAACAAUUUUCCGGCCUUGAUCGUCUUGCGCUUCUUACAGGGUUUCUUCGGUUCUCCUUGUCUGGCAACUGGUGGCGCGUCUCUUGGUGAUCUCUACAACCUCGUGAAGCUGCCGUAUGCGCUUACAGGCUGGGCUGCAUUCGCCACUGCCGGUCCAGCCAUCGGGCCCAUUCUGUCUGGUUUCUCAGUUCCAGCUACGAAUUGGCACUGGUCGCUCUGGGAAAUCCUUUGGCUCGCAAGCCCCGUGUUUGUCUUCAUGUUCUUCUUCCUUCCAGAGACGUCCACGCCGAACAUCUUGCUACGGCGCGCUCGGCGUCUCCGCCGGGUCACCAGGAAUAACAAUCUGCAGUCUCAAUCAGAAAUGGAACAAGCUCGGCUCACAGUUAACGAAGUUGUGGUGCAGAACCUUUGGCGCCCCCUCCAAAUCAACCUGUUCGACCCCUCAGUUCUCUUCACAAGCUUGUACAUUGGUCUCAUGUAUGGCAUAUUCUACUCAUUCUUCGAAGUCUUUCCAUUCGUGUAUUCCACUGGACUUCCUGGCCGCGCUUCGCCAACCGAUGGUUACGGAAUGAAUGCGGGCGAGGUUGGCCUGAUAUUUCUCUCUAUCAGUGUCGGCGUUUCCAUCGCCAUCGUCUUUUACGUCGCAUAUCUCCGAUUCGUUUUCGAGCCGGAGAUCAAGACCCGGGGGCUGGGUGAGCCUGAGCGCCGUCUUGUUUGCGGCCUCCCCACGAGUUUCCUCGUACCCAUCGGGCUCUUUAUAUUUGGCUGGACAGGAAAUUCUAGCCCAAACAUUCCUUGGAUCGUCCCCACCAUUGGCAUUACGAUUUUUGUGGUGGGAAUUUUCACCAUCUUCCAGGUCAUCUUCAUAUAUAUCGCAAUCAGCUAUCCCGUAUAUAGCGCCAGCUUGUUCGCUGCAAACGAUUUCGUCCGAAGCAGUAUAGGAUGUGGCGCGAUUCACUUCUCACGUCCCUUGUUUAUCAACCUGGGUGUUGGCAAAGGAGUGAGCCUGUUAGCUGGGCUAAGCUGUGGUGGCGUGAUAGGGAUAUUUGUGCUGUACUUUUACGGCGCGACUCUGAGAAGAAAGAGCAGAUUUGCUGCAACAUGA